CCACCGCAUUCCAAUAUGGCAGAUUCUGGGCAGUCUGGGCUGACUCCUGCGCAGAAAGCAUUCACAGAGCUCCUGGCGCCCAUUGGAGGUCAGCUGACACUGGGCAGCACCUUGGGCUUUGCCGCUGGCGUGGCUUUGCGCACAGUGGGCCGUGUUGCUGCAGUGGGUGUCGGCUGCACCUUUUGCGUCAUCCAAGGCUUGGCUUAUCAUGGCUACAUCGAAGUGAAUUGGCGUGCGCUGGAGAGAGACUAUUUGAAAUUGCUUGACAAGGACGGCGAUGGCCAGGUAGGAGCGGGAGACCUCGCGCACGUUUGGCAGAAGACCGUCGAUUGCUUAGCCUUCAAUCUUCCUGCUGGUAUGGGCUUCACUGCUGGCUUGGCCUACGGCCUGGGUGCUUCUGCAAGCACUUCAUGGCGUCUUUCCCUAGCUGCUGGUCUAGCGCCUCGGCUUUUCGCUGGGCGAAUGCUACUCGGAUUGGGCGCCACUGGAUCUCCUGCAGCUGUCACAGGGCUGUACACCUGGUGGCAUGGACCGACCAAGGCACGACCAGGCUAUUGUCGCAGCUAUCUCUUGGGUGAGGCGGAAGAAAACUGUGCCUGGCCUGAAAAUCUGGCCAAGAUGCGGCGUUGGACCUCGUAGAAACACUGUGCGCAACUUUGAGCUGAGGAUUGAUGGAGAUCCAAGGAAGUCACUGACUGGGCUUGAUGAAAUUCCAUUUGUUCAGACAUGUUGAUAUUACGAAUGUGG